AUAUCCAGCUCAGGUGACUCGGAACGCGCCCAAAAACUCUACACUUGCCUGAUAAAUCACUUUACGCACGAGGCUAAAAAAUGUCAAAGUAGGCAGCCCACUUGGUUUUGAGACGCAGCCUCUGUCUGAAAACUGAUUGGUUCGAACUGUAGAUGGUCUUGUAACUUUUAGGCAAGCUAUUAUUAGUCAUUGUAAAAGUUUAGCAGCGAAGCGCGCGCACCCAUCCAGUUAAAUGACUCUUCUCCCAGUCUCCAGUAUCAUUAAUGUUAUAUGUGGAAUAUAGCUGUUUUUUCACCGGGAAUGAUUUCAGCUCAUCAUAAAGGUGAAGUCUCCUUGGACGACGAUGAUGAUGGAUCACGGUCAUCUCCGACGGAGCGUUCAGUCCGGGCGCCAAUUCUCUCAUUCAGCGUUGAGGCUCUCAUGUCAAAGAACCGAACAAAAAGUGAAUCAACUUCCCCCGAGUCGAUUCGGAUGCCAUGCAUAAUAAAUCGGGAUGAUCGAUCUGUGAUAGCCCGAUAUUCAGAAGCACCAGAUUCAAUGGAUUUCCCCAAAGAUUGUUUAUCUGUCAAUAAAGACUCUUCAUCCUUAAUCAAUAAACCCAGGUCAUCAACAAUAACAAGACCACAGAGUCCCUCUUCAUGUGCUCUCAGAAAACACAAGACAAACCGUAAACCUCGAACACCUUUUACUACCACUCAGCUCUUGGCCCUUGAGCGAAAGUUCAGACAGAAGCAAUACCUGUCUAUUGCAGAACGGGCUGAAUUUUCCAUCUCUCUCAGCCUGACUGAGACGCAAGUGAAGAUCUGGUUCCAGAACCGGAGAGCGAAGGCCAAACGACUUCAGGAGGCAGAGCUGGAGAGGUUCAAAAUUACCACCAAACCUGUUUUACAUGGCCUCGCUCUGUCAUUUCCAAUCUGUAACCAACCCCACACAGCAGCACUAUUCUGCGCACAGUCUUUUCCCUUCCACAGACAUAUGCUGCCCAUUCCACCUGUUGGACUAUACUCUACCCCAAUGGGCUACAGUGUGUGUCCUAUAUCUAAAGAUAUUAUGUAGAGUCAGUCUAGAGGAUCAUAUCUAAACUAUUGCAUCAGCAUUAAUUCUUCUGUCAUGAAAGUACCCUUGAUUUGUCUGCAUGAGAUACUGACAUUGCUUAAUUGUUAAAAGGUGGUAAUAAUGCAUGAAUUUAUAUAAGCUUAAGAAUAAUUUUGUUUGUAUUUUGUAAAUGCGAAAUACAUUGGAAGAAACCACGAAUAAGUGGUUAGAAGUUUGUUUUCUGAUUUUACAGUUAGACAAAAAUGUAUUAGCAAUUUGUAAAACAUUCAAAUCAUAUUAGCAUAAAAUACUGAUCAACAUUUUGUAUUAAACUAGUCAGUUGAGCUCAGUGUGAUUUAGUGUGUGUUAUUUUUGAUUCCCACAAAAGAAAAAACAAUCUAAAUAAAUUGGCUAUUAUAUAUAUAUAUUUAUAAAAAAAUACUUUCAAAAUACUUUCAAUAUUUUUAUUUAUAUAUUGAUUCAAAACUGAAAUGUUUAUCUGAAACAAAUGUAGCAUAAUACAUGUUUUACAACUAUUUUGCAUUGCCUCUGUUAAUGUAAAUUAGUGUAAUUUUUUUAAAUAUAUAAAACAAUAUAAAAGGGUGUGAUUGUUUUACAGAAACAGAUCAGCCAAUACUUAUAGCCUCAUGAUUGCUAAUUCCUUUUAAAUUGAGAUGCUGAAAAGUGGCUUUUAAGUGCCUAUAAUCAGUGGAAAUGUUGAGGUUGAACUUUGCAGCUUUCUUCAUGCUGGUGGUCCCGGGAAAGUUAAUUAAAUGGUGUCAUUACAUGGCACGCUAAAACACUCGGUCAGCCAUGUAGGCAUUUUAGUUUGUAAAUCUCCCUGUGUGCUGCAACAGGGGAAUGUGUUGACUUAUCACAUUUCUACAAUGACUUUAAUCUCCUUUAUGUAUCAUUCAUAAUGGAUUUGUUGCCUUUGUUGUAUGGCUGGCUUUCCAUUAAAUUAUUCAUAAUUUUCUGUUGGUCUAAUUAUAUUUUUCACAACUUUAAUUAUGUAGUGGGCUAUUUAAAAAUGUUAGCACUUUCACAGAACUUUCACAAGAGUGAAUUGAACACAAGUGCUUAUCCUCCAUUGACAAUGGCCAUGUCUUAGCAUGCUCAUGAAACAGAUGAACAGAAAAGUUGACUCUGUUUGGUCCACCCUUUUGAAAAUA